AAAUCUGCUAACGUCAAAUUAUUAGCAGGACUCACGCUCGCCUGACCCUGAUUUAUUUAACAAACGGUCAAACCCGACAGAAUGUAUCGUUGCCUUGACAACCACUAACGUUAGCUGCGUUAACUCGACAGUCACGGCAGCAGUUGACAAAGCGAUAGGAGACUCGCUCACGUGAACCUCGAUUGAUCUUCAAAUCGUCAUCGUAAUAGUGGAUGAGUUCCUGCGAUUUUAUAAACGGAUUACGGCGUCACGUUUAAAUCACUUCUUUAUUAACAUUUCGCGCUAAUUUAAUGGACGGUUUAUGAAACUCAGUCGCUUCAGGUUAAAGACAAGCAAGAAAGCAAUUCCUAAACAAAUGCGUAAAUAUACAUAUAAUAUAAAUAAGACGAGCCAUUGAAUUAGGACAAAAGUAACGGCACCCUGUAAUGUUCUCAAACAACGACGAGGCCGUCAUCAACAAGAAGCUGCCAAAGGAACUGUUGUUACGAAUUUUCUCCUUUCUUGAUGUGGUCACCCUGUGUCGCUGCGCACAAGUGUCUCGGUCAUGGAACGUUUUGGCUCUAGAUGGCAGUAACUGGCAGCGCAUUGAUCUCUUUGACUUCCAGAGGGACAUCGAGGGUCGUGUGGUAGAGAACAUUUCAAAGCGAUGUGGAGGAUUCCUGAGGAAGCUCAGUCUCCGAGGCUGUUUAGGUGUGGGAGACAGUGCACUCAGGACGUUUGCACAGAACUGCAGAAACAUCGAGCUGCUCAGUCUGAACGGCUGUACAAAGAUCACAGACAGUACCUGUAACAGUCUGAGUAAAUUCUGUCCCAAACUGAAGCACUUAGAUCUCGCCUCAUGCACCUCCAUCACCAACCUGUCUCUCAAAGCACUCAGUGAGGGCUGUCCCAUGUUGGAGCAGCUGAACAUCUCGUGGUGUGAUCAGGUGACCAAAGACGGCAUCCAGGCGCUCGUCCGCUGCUGUCCGGGGCUCAAAGGCCUGUUCCUCAAAGGCUGCACGCAGCUGGAAGACGAGGCUCUGAAACACAUCGGGGCUCACUGUCCAGAACUGAUCACUCUCAACCUGCAGACAUGUUCACAGAUCACAGAUGAAGGCUUGAUAACGAUUUGUCGAGGUUGUCAUCGGCUGCAGUCGCUGUGUGUGUCCGGCUGCGCAAACAUCACAGACGCCAUUCUGAAUGCUCUGGGCCAGAACUGCCCUCGUCUCAGAAUAUUAGAAGUGGCUCGCUGUUCACAGCUCACAGAUGUCGGCUUUACCACACUGGCACGGAAUUGUCAUGAGUUGGAGAAGAUGGAUCUGGAGGAGUGUGUACAGAUCACAGACUCCACGCUCAUCCAGCUGUCCAUACACUGCCCUCGGCUCCAGGUUCUCAGUCUCUCACACUGUGAGCUGAUCACGGAUGAUGGUAUUCGUCACCUGGGCAGCGGGCCGUGUGCUCACGACCGACUGGAGGUGAUCGAGCUCGAUAACUGCCCUCUCAUCACCGAUGCCUCGCUGGAGCACCUCAAAACCUGCCACUGCCUCGACCGCAUUGAGCUGUACGACUGCCAACAGAUCACACGCGCCGGGAUUAAGAGGCUCAGGACUCACUUGCCCAACAUCAAAGUCCACGCAUACUUUGCACCUGUGACUCCACCCCCUUCGGUAGGAGGAAGUCGACAGAGGUUUUGUCGCUGCUGUAUCCUGCUAUGAUGUCACAGCAUCCGCCUCCUCGACCUUGGAUGACCUUAGUCCCUGAUUGUCCAGUAACACAUGCUGGUGGAUCACUUGGUACAGCAAACAAGGGAGAGAGAGAUAAUGAAGAGAGAGAGAGAGAGAAAGAGAGAGAGAGAGAGAGAGGUGUGUGUGUGUGUGUGUGUGUGUGUGUGUGUGUGUGUGUGUGUGUGUGUGUGUCCCCUUACAAAGUGUUAAAUAUGUUGGGUUUCUCACUUUUCCUCCUAAAAUCCACUGCACAUCUAAAAGUAUAUAUAAUUCUUUAAACGAGGAUGCACGAUGUUGCUGCACAGCGCCCCCUUCAGCCAGCUCGACAUGAAAGUUGAGUCAGUAAGUGAGCAGUUGAUGAGUCAUGAGUCAUUUGUGGAGUGGUUCAGUCAGCCAUGAGUCAGUUAGCGAGUCCAUGAGUCGAGUCCAUGAGUCCGUUAGUAAGUGAGGCAUGACUUGGUGAGUACGUGAGUCAUGGAUCACGAGUCGAUCUGCAAGUGAAUCAUGGGUUGGCCAGUGAGUUGGUUGUCAAGUGAGUCAUGAGUUGAAUAGUGAGUCCAGAGAGGUGAGUUAUAUGAACUAGUCAGGUGAGACAGGAGUCAGCCAGUGAGUCUGUGAGCAUGUGAGUGAAUCACAUCUCAAAAUUAUAAUUAUAAAGGUGGCCAUUGCUCCUAAAUUCAUGAUGCCCCAAAAUGAAUGGACACACAUGCACACGCACUCACACACACACACACACUUUGUCUGUCUCUCUCUCUCUCUCUCUGAGGUUUGGUCGUACAGAGGAAGCUGACUAUUUUUCUAAAGCAGUAAAAUAUGCCAAAAGCUGCAUGUUACAAAUCUAGUUUUUAUAAAAAAAACAAAACAAAAAAACAAUUCAUAUGAUGGGCGGGGCCUGAACAAAGGCAGCCAAUGGGGAAGCAGGAACGGACAACUCGGCAGCAUCAUAACCAACCAGCCAGCCAGUCAGACUGGACCGGACUGCAAGAGGUACAUGGAACUUUGAGUGGGCGGGGCCUGCAUGCACAGCCAAUCAGAGAUAAGGAAGGAGCGAGUGGUGUCACAGCUGGCCAAUCAGGUCGCAGGAGGACAGAGACGAUCAGUGACAUCAUUUUUGGUGGAUUUAAAGAAUGAUGGAAAGUUCACACCGCGCGCGUGUGUGUGUGUACCCAAAAAGGGGGUUGGGGAUGUGGAGGUGGGACACAAACACACAACUAGAAUGAGAAAAUGAACUGAACCAAUCAGAGAGUGUUUUAGUGUUGUCACUGUCUAUAUGUUUUCUUGUGUGUGUGUGUGUGUGUGUGUGUGUGUGUGUGUGUGUGCGUGUGCGUGUGUCGGGUUUGGUUUACACACUCCACCCAUGAAGGAGAAACUGGAUCCAAAUUCAAUCUGCUUCAUCACUACAGGAGCUGACUGGUUUAAGAAACACACACACACACACACACACACACACACUUUGUUUCUCUGUUAUACACCUCUCUGUCUGUGUCUCUCUCUCUCUCUCUUUCUUUGUCUUUCCCUCUGUACAGUACACACUUGGAUUGUGUGUGUGUGUGUGUGUGUGUGUGUGUGUUGGGGAUGGUGUGACUGUAGCUAUUGCAAUUACACUUGUUGUAAAUCUGUUCCCUUUUACUUUGUUUUUGUGUUCCUUUUUAUGAUUAACCCCUAUAAAUAAAUAAAUGAAUAUGUAUGUAUGAAUAAAUAUAUAACUAUAUUAUUAUUAA